CUGGGCUUCCUGUGGCAGUGGUACUUGAAAACAUGGCGGCGCCAAGCACUGGCAAGAAGCUCGUAAACGACCCUCAAAAUGCAGUAGACGAAGCGCUAGAGGGUAUCGUUGCAUGCAACCCAGGGCUGCGUCUGCUGAAAGGACAUCGCGUCGUGUUGCGAGAGGAUCUAGAAAGCAUAAAGAAGGCUGGAAAGGUCGCUCUUAUUUCCGGAGGAGGAAGUGGCCAUGAGCCAUCGCACGCAGGCUAUGUUGGGAAAGGCAUGCUCACCGCUGCUGUGGCAGGCUCUGUGUUUGCUUCGCCGCCAACAGGGUCCAUCCUGGCUGCGAUAAGAGCCGUAGGAAAGGGAAAUCGCGGCGGAGUUCUGCUGAUCGUGAAGAAUUAUACCGGGGAUCGCUUGAACUUUGGGUUCGCAGCUGAACGCGCUAAGGCAGAGGGUAUAGCUGUGGACAUGGUCAUAGUUGGCGAAGAUUGCGCGCUAACCAGUAAAGACAAGAGCGCUGGCCGCCGUGGGCUAUGUGGAACCGUACUUAUACACAAGAUCGCUGGAGCUCUUGCAGAAGAAGGGAAGAGUCUGGAGGAGAUCACUGUUACUGCAAAAUCAGCUGUGCAGUCAAUGGGAUCAAUGGGAGUUAGCCUUACCCCAUGUAGCAUACCUGGUUUCCCCCCUUCUUUUACAUUGGCAAAUGAUGAGAUGGAACUUGGGCUGGGUAUUCAUGGGGAGCCAGGAGUUAGAAGGAUGAAGAUAAGCAAUGCUGAUGAUGUAGUGAAGACAGUGAUUGACCACAUGACAAAUGUAGAUACUGAUGCAGCUACAAAACUGCUUUUGAAACAAGGUGAUCAUAUUGCACUGGUAAUUAAUAAUCUUGGAGGAACAUCUAACCUAGAGCUGAAUAUAGUUGCCAGAGCUGCAAUCAAGUAUUUAGUUCAAUCUAAAGGGGUGAGUGUAGAUAGGGUGCUUAUGGGAUCGCUGAUGACAUCACUAGAGAUGGCCGGGGUGACACUGACACUCUUGCAGUUGAACAAAACCAGGGAACAAUGUCUUGAUUGCGAUACUACAGCACCGGCCUGGCCACGAGUGUGUGUGUCAAGCACUACUGGACUGACCAGAAAUGACCUUGAGCCACUAGACCAAGGUCAUGUUGACAAGGGUGUACAGCAGAAAGAACCACUUAGUGAUCAAGGCAGAGUGCUUUUUGCAGUAUUGAAGAGUAUAGCAGAUGCCCUGAUUAGCUCAGAGGCAGAGCUGAACAGACUUGAUAAUCUGGCUGGAGAUGGGGACUGUGGAUCAACCAUCAAGCGAGGGGCAGUGGCAAUCUUAGACAAUCUCGGCAGUCCAGAGGCUUGUGGCAUACCUUGCAACAAUACCCAUGAUGCGUUGGUAGCUGUGGCUAACCUGGUGGAGGAGGGCAUGGGAGGGAGUUCAGGAGUGUUCUACAGCAUGUUCCUUAUAGCUGGAGCAGCAUUGCUGAGAAAAGACGAUUCCGCAAAAGGAUGGUCAGCAGCAUUGGAGGCAGGGAUCAGAGUAGUGAUGAAAUACGGUGGUGCUGAGCCUGGGGACAGAACUAUGCUUGAUGCUUUACAUCCUGCAAGCCAGAUAUUAAGUCAGCAUCUAGACGCAGGGUCUCCACCACUUGAGGCCUUUAGGGACGCAGUCAUGGCGGCCGAAGCUGGUGCCCAGUCUACCGCGACCAUGAAGGCCCGCGCCGGUCGUGCCAGUUACGUCAGUUCUGUGCAACUCUCCUCACCAGACCCCGGCGCCAUAGCAGUAGCCACGUGGCUGAAGGCGGCAUAUAACGCUCUUUAGGUACAGAGGGCCUGGGAAAGGUGCUAGAUAUAAGGCGGUUGUCUUCAUUAAUUAAUUAGAAUGUUCUUAUGAUAGGCUGGGGCGUAGCAGGGGGUGGGGCACUGGGGGCAACUGCCCCACAAUAUUUUAAAAAUAUAUUUUUUUUUUUGCGCUUCUUCGUUAGUACGACGAAUGUCUCAUUUAGACCUUAUGCAGAGUAACAUGGCAAAAUCCUGCGUUAGACACACGAUUCUUGGGUACAGUAUUUCGGUUUUACUAUACCUUCCUGAUAAUGAUGAUUUUAUACCCAAUAAGGCUCGUCAGUGAAAGUGCCUUCAAGUUUAUGGAAUUGUACUAGGGGAUGAGAAAUGGUGUAGAUAAAUUGAUUAUUUUUCUUAGGAAGCAAAAUUAAAUUUUAACAUGUUGCGA